AUGGAAGACGUUCUCGCCAAAGCCUGGGCACAGAUCAAAUGGGAGGAGGAUGAAGCUAACUAUUAUCACUCUUCUCCAAGGAAAGACACUCGAAGAAACUCAAGGGCAGACAGAUGGCAGAGUGAUAGACAAUCCGAACCAUACCCGUAUCCCAACAGAUCAAAGAACAGAAGGAGGGAGUACAACCGGUCGUCCGAGACACGUCUGCGAGAUGGACCAAAGAUACUAGAAUACAAUCUUUCAAUUUCAACAGCCGAAGUCGUUGGCGUACUGAAAGGACUCAGAGACAAAGUGAAAUGGCCGGAAAGGAUGAGGACUCCAUCUGACCAGCGAGACAAAGCAAAAUUGUGUGAGUUCCACAAUGACCACGGUCACCGAAUGGAUGAGUGCAUUGCCUUAAGACUGGAAGUAUCCAACCUGUUAAGACGUGGUCACCUGACUGACUUACUCACAGACAAAGGCAAAAGAACAUUCCAGCAGGAGGCAGACAAGUCAGACGUCCAAAGAGAAGUAACCCCGCCGAAGCCACCUACUCAUGAACGGACAGUGAACGUAAUAACUGGUGGCUCUGAGGUAAGCGGAGUCACCCAUUCAGCAGCCAAAAGACAUGCCAGGCAGACCAACUGGAUCAAAGGAGAGUCCAGCGGGACAGAGAAGAAUACCAUCAACCUACCAGCUCAAACCAUCAGUUUCUCAACAACAGAGUCAACCAGACUCCUCAACCCACAUCAUGAUGCUCUUGUCAUUGCACUUUACAUUGUUGAUUGUCUUACUAAACGUAUACUUAUUGAUAAUGGUAGUUCAGCUAACAUUCUAUGUUUAAGUGCUCUCAGGGAAAUGGGGAUAGAAGAAUCAAAGAUCAUAAAGAAAACUACAAUCCUCAUCGGUUUAGUGGAGAGCAAAAGAACACACUAG